ACUUAUUGCAACCUCUCUAACCGGAAGUGGUGCGUCCUCAUUGCGUGUCUCUUGACACUGACCAUUGAAGGAAAACGGAGCAGAAGAGCGAAACAUGGCGACUUCGAACAAUCCGCGGAAAUUCAGCGAGAAAAUCGCUUUGCAUAACCAGAAGCAGGCAGAGGAGACCGCGGCGUUUGAAGAAGUGAUGAAAGACCUCAGCAUUACUCGGGCAGCGAGGCUACAGUUUCAGAAAACUCAGUACUUGCAGCUGGGACCGAACCGUGGGCAGUACUAUGGAGGAUCUUUGCCAAAUGUCAAUCAGAUUGGAAACAGCACUAUGGAUAUGACUUUUCAGAAUUCUGGGCUGGACGCGAACAGAUCGACGCGACACCACGGGCUGGUGGACAGAGUCUACCGGGACCGGAGCCGCAUCACAUCGCCCCACCAGAAACCGCUGUCUAUUGACAAGCAUGGACGCCAGAUUGACAGCUGUCCAUAUGGUUCAGUAUAUCUGUCACCACCACCUGAUACCAGCUGGAGGAGGACAAACUCUGACUCAGCUCUGCACCAGAGCACACUAACUCCUGCCCAGCAGGCCUCGUUCACUGGAGGAUCACAGGAGCUCCAUACAAAAAGAGUUCUCCUGCUCACCGUACCAGGGGCUGAAGCAAUUAAACAAGAGACUGAUGAAGAUGGACAAAACCAGAACUGGGAGUGCAAAAAGAACAUUUCAAGGUCCGAAACCUGCAAAGUUCCAGGGAUCCACAUAUUCCCGUCUCCGGACCAGCAGUUGAACACUUCACUGAAACCAGCAGUCCACAACACUGGCGGUUCUCUGCCUGACCUGACCAACAUCCAGUUUCCUCCUCCGCUGCCCACCCCGCUCGACUUAGAUGAUGCAGUGGCCGCCUCAUAUAGCUCCUCUGACAGCACACUGAAUCUGGCUAACACGCAAGGAGUGAACACCUCUCAGCCCACAGUAACCAUGGAAAUGCAGCCCGGGCAGGACGACAUGGUUCCUCUCAUCCUGAAUGCUGGAGACUCCCACCAGCAUCAGAACCUGCAGCUCUCCCCAACAUCUCCGCCUCUCUCUCUCUCACAGGCGGCCAUCAACGCCAUGAACCUUGAGCAGCAGCUGUCCCAGUACGCCUUCUUCAACCAGCAGCCAUCGUCCCAGAGCCAGCAACAGACAGGUCUGGUCCAGCUGCAGUCAGACAACCAGACGUCCUCACAGGCCAACAUGACCAUGGACAUGAAUACGGCCUCGUCCCUUCAACAGUACCGCGGUAGGGUCGGAUCCUCUGCCAAUCAGUCUCCAACCUCCCCCGUCUCCAAUCAAGGCUUCUCACCUGGAGGUUCGCCUCAACAUAACUCCAUACUGGGCAGCGUGUUUGCAGACUUCUACGACCAGCAGCUCCCGUCCAUUCAGGCCAGUGCUCUCUCACAACAGUUGGAGCAGUUCAACAUGAUUGAAACCCCCAUCAGCUCUGACAGCCUGUAUAACCAGACCUCCACCCUCAACUACUCCCAGGCGCUUAUGAUGGGUUUGACUGGUGGCCAUUGCAACCUUCAGGACCAGCAGAUGAGCUACAGUAGCCACGGCAACAUCCCCAACAUCAUUCUCACAGUGAGCGGGGAGUCUCCCCCCAACCUGCCCAAGGAUCUGACUGACUCGUUGUCCUCAGAUAUCAGCUUUGAUGUCGACUCCCAGUUCCCACUGGAUGAUCUCAAAAUAGACCCGCUGACGCUUGAUGGCCUUCACAUGCUAAAUGAUCCGGACAUGGUCCUUGCUGACCCCGCCACGGAGGACGCGUUUCGCCUCGACCGGCUCUAACCACCGGACCACCUCAUGCCCAGGUGUGUAAAUGUUGCUGCCCUGAGGGUGCGGGGGGGGGGGGGGGCAGCAUCUAAGAGGAUAAGAACCAAGAGUGUGCUGGUCAAGACCUCGUCUGGGCAGAGCAUCAAUUUCACGCCAACUAACUCAAUCAAACCCCACAAGAGAGCAUUUAAAAGAAGCAUCAUGCAUUAAAAUGUUAUGGAAGACUGGAAACCUUGAAAACUGGAAAGAUGGUUUACGACUCAUGAAAAGUUAUGGUAUGAAUGAGCUCCAUGGCUGUGUCACUGCAAAUGACCAUUUUAAUUUUAGUUUAGUUUAGUUUUCAUUCGAGGGAGCUUGAUGGAAAUAUCAUGACGGCAGAGGGAAGCUGGUCUAAUAUUCACCAUCGAUGACUGACUAAACCACGUCUGCAGAGCAAACCCUUAACAAUCUACAGUAUCCUACACCUGUUAACACGGGGUGGCUUGAUGACUCAGAAGAAACACAAGUUUAACCUCCCUUUGUGCCGAGCUGAUAGCUCUCAGCAUUACUUUCAGUUUCUAUAUCAGUUUAAUGCUAAUCCCUGUGUAGUUUGUCAUAGAAGCCAAUUUCAGGCCUGGUUGGAUCACUCCCAAAUUUCCUCUAAAGUUGAGUGACCAUGAGUCACUAUUUUGCCACCAAGUUAUUUUCAGGAGAUGCUGAAUUUUGAUUUUAGCAUAGUAAAUAGCAGCCAUCGGUUAUGCAUGAAAUCACAAAUCACUGUGCAUACUUGUUUUGCCUUAAUAGCUUGACAUUUUGGUUUACAUGCAAAGAUGACUAUUAUGUAAAUGAGAGAAAAAAAAGUAAAUUGUCAAGUCAUUGUUACUGUUUUACAAGUGGUUUGGCCUACAUAAUUCACAGUUGCAUUGUAUUUUUGAGGUGCGCUGAUCUUUAUCCAUUACUUCAUCCAUUGUCACUACCAUAUCAUUUUUUAUGCAUCAGUCAAAUCUAAAAGGAUUCAUGAGUUCUUUGUUAUGAACUAGAUGUUUACACGCUUGUUUCGUUUUAUAUUUUACAUGUACAGAAUGUGAUUAGAUUUUGCGUAAUGGUAUCUAUGCAAAACUACAGCGAUUGGUUUAGGACUGUAAAAUGAAAAAGAUAAAAUGAACCAUUUCAAAAGGAAGCCAAUGUGCAAGGUUCUUACAGAAUGCACAGUGAUGGUGCCAUGUUUUAUUUAUUUUGAUACUUUUGAAACUCUUUACAUUUUUCUUUCAGAAUCGUACGGUGUAGAGAGAAAUGCUCAGUGCAUGUGUCAUACAGUAGAAGCUCUCCUGGAUUACUCCCAAAGAUGUGACCUCAGUGUAGUUGAAAUAUAUAUAUUUUUCCAGACAAUUGAACUGCCUCUGUACUAGAACAGCAUUGUUGAUACAAUGAGAAUGUAUUUAGGUCACAUCUGUACAGCUGUGUUGUUGCCAUCUUGUCAUCCUCAAUGCCUCUUAUAUCUAGCCUUUAUGUACUGUAGGACCAAAUAUGUUUCACCUGUUAUUUCUUUGAUGUGGGAUACUGUUUUAUAUAUGACUUAUUUUGUUUCCUUGGCACGACACUGACACUGAAUAUCCGUUUCCUCGUCAUGCUCGUGCUGUCUGUGCCCUUUAUCGAUCUGUUCCAUGUCUCUCCAGCCGUUGGUUCUGCAUUUAUAUGGUUUUAAGCAUUUGCUCUGUUCGUGAGUGGAUCAUAACUGUCUCAUCUCUCAUAUUGCACUUUAUGUAUUACUUUAAAACACUGAUUUGUGACUGUUAUGUGCACUGGACCUGUUUGCCCUGUCUUUGAUUAAACUUGCCUUUCUUGUAAAAAGAAAAAAGAAAGAAAUAUGAAAAAAGCUCAAUUAAAUUAUAGUUAUUUUUGAAAAGUGAACUGAUUUAAAAUAGGAGUUUUUACUUAAUCAGUGAGUAUUUUGUUAGCGAUCUACUGUUGCAGUUUUUCUGGAUUUUGGAAAACAUUUGUAUUUUGGAAGAAUUGCUGCAGCUCCGUCUGCUAUUGAUAGCAGGUUUAGAUCUAAAGAAACAUGUGUAAUUAAGUACUGAUUUUUUUCAUUAUUGAAAUAUUUAAAGAUGCAAGUAUAGUGGGAUUUCUCAUAAGAGUAUAUUUGAAAUGUGCAUAUUAUCACAAUAUUGUGCAAAAUAGGAUAAAUAUAUUUUAAUUCAUUCCAGAUAUAAUUAUUUCUAAAAAGCCCAAUCUAAGUUGAAUCUCGUGAAUAUGCCACACUAUGAAAAAGGUAAUUCUGUAGCUGCAACAUUAUUUCUGUUGAUGCGUGUCAAGGUCCUCUAGUGCCAACAUAUCCCACUAUUAUUCUCACAUAAUGUAAAUGUAACUUCAAAAAAUGGCAGUUAAAUCUGUUAAAACUAACUUGUUGAGUAUGAAGAUAAAUCACAUUUACAUAAUAAUGUUGUGACGGCAUGAAUAACUACAUGUUUUCCCCUUUACAACUUGGGUGGAGUCCACUUUGUUUGUCAAAGUGUUUUGUUUUUCUUGUUUGGUAAUGUUGUCCUUUGUUCUAUCUUAAUUCAGCGUCAUGUGUCGACUAAUGUAUCUGCUAAGUGAAGCCCAAAAGCAUCGGAAAUAUGGUAAUCAGCCUUUUAUGCACAUGUAGGAGCUUUUGUUUGGUACUAUGGUUUACACUGCAAUAUACUGUAUGUGCUUAUUUUCUGCGCAACACCAACAGAGUUUUAUUAUGUCAUGGUAAAUCUAGACUAGCUUUGUAUAUUGCUGUAUGGUAGGACUGAUGUUUUUCGUGCUUUAUGUGAUAUGAUGUCAAAGUGAGAAAAUGCACUGAGAAAUACUGCGCUGCAAUGUCAUUGUGGCUCGAUAUUCUCUGCUGGACCUCAGACUUUAUAGAGAGCCUGAAAUCUUUGUAGGUCCAUUUUCUGUUUUGCUUUUUGCUCAUGUAGAUAGCUCUGAUAUGUCGCCUGUUACUGCCACCUUUUUUGCAUCAAGGUUCAGGCAUCCAUUAGCAGUGUUUACAGAGACAAGAGUUUACAACAGAGCAAUGUUUGUUUUACUCUCUAUAAAAAUUGUUCGUUGAAUACUGUAUCUGGAAUAACAGACUACAUGUGAACAACUUGCAGUGUAGAAUAGCAAACUUAUUUUGCUAUUUAGAUUUACCAGUAAAGCAGUAAUGUAAUUUCAAUAAUAUGCCCUAAAUAAUACAUUAUAUUUGAUGAGGUUUUGAAGUCAUGUGAAUUAAUUGUAUUUUCUUUGUUCUUCAUUUAUAAGCAUUUCGACACCCUGAUAGCACUUUUAUUUCUCAGAAAUUCCACUUCUUAUAACUUACUAUGAGCAGCUACAUGCCAUCAAAAGUUUUUUUGUUUUUUUAACAGAGUUGGUAAUAUUUCGAUUUUGUUAAAUUUUAGGAAAUCUGUCAUUAGCACUGCAUACUCUUCUCUCUUUUGGUAUUAAUCAGCAGUUGAACCAGAAAGCCAAAGUACAAAACAGCCAUAAAUGAGAGAAUACUAACAUUGUUUUUAAAAAUAUUGUAUUGGGGUACGAGUUAUUUCAUAUAUCAACUAUGAACGUAUCAAUGCAUUGUUUACAUUGAACAUCAUUACAGAAAUUAUUUCAGCAUGACUUAAAAAGAGAAGCGACUGACAUAUCCUACUUAAAAAGCUGGGCAAUCUCUUUUCUGCAUGAUGCUGAAUUCCAAAAUAUCUCAGAAAAUACCUUGACAUAUUGUAUUUUGCUUAGUUUUGCUUAGUUUUAUUAAUCUGCUGUCAAACACUAUUUUGUAGUGAAUAUUACUAUAUACAUAUUGUCGCAUAAAUGACAUACAAUAAGAAAUAUCAGAUACAAAUAAUGUGCAUAUAUAUAUAUAUAUAUAUAUAUAUAUAUAUAUAUAUACAUUGACUUUGUAACAAUAAGUUAAAACACAAACUAAAUCAGGAAGAUGAAACAAAGUAAUAGUGCACAGUCACUGAGUGGGUUCCCCAAUAUGAAUCCUUUGUGUGCAUUUCGAGGAUGGCCCGCUGCUGGUUCAAGCCUCAUACAAUGGCAGCUAAAUUGUUAUACAAUGUUUUUUGUUUCUGAGAACAGUGAUACUAUUCCAAACACUGCACAUGCAUUUUACUGCCGUGAAGGGGUGCACUGCGCUCCUAUAGUACGCUCGCAGCAACAGGAAACAUUAUGCUCAUAGAAUAUGCAUACUAGCAUUCUGCAGCACAGCUUGGCAAGUUGGUACUUUUCUGACCUAACCCUUUAAAAAUUACGUGGUUCAAACCUUGUUCUUCAAAUUGUGUGUUUUCUAUUUAAACUGUCAAAUCGGACCAAAAGAAUCCAAGUUGGCUGUAAGUGUGUACUAUAUAAAAGAUGAAUUAAGCUUCUGUUUGAACUGUACCUGAUGUAUUGUUCUUGUGUGAAGGCUUCUGUCUUUGUAUCUUUGCAUUAUUAUUUGUAAAUUAAAUAAAAAUAAAUAUAUCUGACUAAGCAAAGACGUUUCUUUAAUC